AUGCCUAUCAAGCUCAUCAAUAUCAUCAAUCACAGCAACCUCAGCAACCUCAGCAACCUCAGCAACCUCAGCAAUCUCAACAAGCUCGGCAAAACUACGAUACCUAUUGCGUUAAAGCUGCGGAAGCUCUGCGAGCUCAUCAAGAUCACCAAAUCUAUUACGGUCAAACUAAACAAGAUUACCAACCUUAUGAUACCCAUGCUCAGAAAGUCUACCAGCAACCCCGCCAGCAACCUUACCCUGCGAAACAACCUCAAUAUUCAGCCCCGACUGCACGUUCUAAAUGUCCUAAAUGCAGCGAAAAUAAAUACUUAG